ACAACAACAACAAAACGAAUUCUGAGAUUUAAUGUGCGUGUUUUUGGACACGCGCACGCUAUCCAAACCCAGACCCAAAGCAAGGCGCAAGGGUGGGAACAAGACGUCCAACAAAGCAUGUUACAGCGCAGACAUGCCUUGUCCGUCGGAAAGCGAGAAAAUUGUGAUAAACUGCGGGGGGGUUCGACACGAGACUUACCGCAGCACCCUAAAGACGCUGCCUGGCACACGUCUGUCCUGGUUGACAGAACCGGACGCGUACAGUAACUUUGAUUACGACCCCAAAUCAGACGAGUUCUUCUUCGACCGCCACCCUUCCGUCUUCUCGUUCAUCCUCAACUAUUACCGGACUGGAAAGUUGCACUGUCCCAACGAUGUGUGUGGACCGCUCUUCGAGGAGGAGCUGGCUUUUUGGGGCAUCGACGAGACAGACGUGGAGGCAUGCUGCUGGAUGAACUAUCGCCAACACAGGGAUGCCGAGGAGGCUCUGGACAGCUUCGAGAAUGCCGAGCCGAAGGAGGAGGAUGACGAUCCAGCCCUCGUAGGGGGCGCGGACGGGGAUCUGAAGAGACUUUGCCUCCAAGAAGACGGGAGGAAAGUGGACUGGUGGCGCGUGUGGCAACCAAGAAUCUGGAACCUGUUUGAGGACCCCUACUCGUCCAAAUAUGCCCGCUAUGUGGCAUUCCUCUCCCUGUUCUUCAUUCUCGUCUCCAUCUCAACCUUCUGCAUGGAGACGCACGAGGCCUUUAACACCAUCUACAACCGCACAGAAAACGUGACGGUGGGUAACAUGACCACGGAGGAAAUCAUGUAUGAGGUAGUCACGGAUAGCUGGUUGACCUACGUCGAAGGCGUAUGUGUCAUCUGGUUUACCAUCGAAGUCUUCACUCGGGUGGUCUUCUGCCCGAACAAAGUGGAGUUCUUCAGGAGCGCUCUGAACAUAAUUGACUUCGUGGCCAUCUUGCCCUUCUACCUAGAGGUGGGCCUCAGCGGCCUCUCGUCCAAGGCCGCCAAGGACGUGCUGGGCUUCCUGCGCGUCGUCCGCUUCGUCCGCAUCCUGCGAAUCUUCAAGCUGACGCGCCACUUCGUGGGCCUGCGCGUCCUGGGACACACGCUGCGCGCCAGCACCAACGAGUUCCUGCUGCUCAUCAUCUUCCUUGCGCUGGGGGUCCUCAUCUUCGCCACCAUGAUCUACUACGCCGAGCGCAUCGGCGCCGACCCCAACGACCCCACGGCCAGCGCCCACACCACCUUCAAGAACAUCCCCAUCGGCUUCUGGUGGGCCGUGGUGACCAUGACGACCCUGGGCUACGGAGACAUGUACCCGGAGACGUGGUCGGGGAUGCUGGUGGGGGCGCUGUGCGCCUUGGCGGGCGUGUUGACCAUCGCCAUGCCCGUGCCCGUCAUCGUCAACAACUUCGGCAUGUACUACUCGCUGGCCAUGGCCAAGCAGAAGCUGCCCAAGAAGAAGAACAAGCACAUUCCGCGGGCGCCGCAGCCCGGCUCGCCCAACUACUGCAAGCCCGACGCCCUCGCCAUGGCCACCGCCUCGCCCCAGAGGAUCCUGGGUAACGUGCUGGGUAACGUAAUGGGCUCGGGCAUGCUCUCUGGGGACUGCCCCCUCGCGCAGGAGGAGAUCAUCGAGAUAAACAGAGACUCGAAGCAGAACGGUGAUGCUGCAAACGCGGCGUUGGCCAAUGAGGACUGCCCCACCAUCGACCAGGUGCUGAGUCCCGACGAGCGCAGUCCUGCCAACCGCGGCAGCAACAACCGCGAGCGCUACGCGCAGGAGCGCGACCGCUACCCGCAGGACCGUGCCUGCUUCCUGCUCAACACGCGCGAGUUCCGCACCACCGCAGACAACACCAACCCGCCCCCCGAGGCCUCCGCCCUGGCCGCAGCCCCCGGCCCCGAGCCCUCCUUGUCGGAGGAGUGGUAUAAGCUGGAAGGCUCCCUGCUACAGCAGGACCUCAAUGCAAACUCGGCCUCCUCCUGGAUCAAACCAUAA